GUGGCUGCUAUUGGCUUAUCCUUACAGCUGCCUGUGUGGAAUGUCAGGAGAGAGGCAGAGGCUGGCUCCUCCCCAUAUCCCACCUCUUCAUUUAGCCUGUGCUAGAAAAAAAUUACCCCCCCUAUAAACAGCCUCAGAGAUUUCAGAGGAAGGGAGCCAUUUGAGACUGGGCAGCAAGAGCCCCCAGGAUGAGGAUAGCCAUCCUCCUGAGCCUUCUGUUCCAUGCUGCAGCUGCUUCUCACCAACUACAUUACCUGGUGGUGAUCCCUGCAGCUCUCCGGUACCCAUCCACCCAGGUUGCCUGCCUCCAUAUCACCUGUCAUGAUGCAAAAAUUCAAGUGAAUCUGGCCUUGGAGCGCUCUGCAGGACAGGAGCUCUUAAUGCAAGAAACCAUCCACAAGAAGAAGACUUUCCUGUGCACUAAGUUCUGGGUUGCCCCUCCAGCUGAUGGCACAGAGGAGGUUGCCACUGUAAAACUGACCAUCACAGGAGACGGGGUCAAUAUUGAGGAGCAGAAAAAGGUCCUGAUCUGCCAGGGCAGGAAUGGCACCAUCAUCCAAACAGACAAGCCCAUCUAUGAACCAGGGCAGACAGUGAAAUUUCGCAUUGUGACUCUGGAUGAGGAAUUCCUUGCACUCAACGAUUCGAUUUCCCUGUUUCUCCUGGACCCUAAGAACAACCAGAUAGAGCAGUGGCAGAACGUGGUCCCUCGGGAUGGCAUUGCAGACCUGUCUUUCCAGCUGAGUGACGAGCCCCUGCUGGGAAUGUACGUCAUCAACAUCACCAGUGCCGGAGCCUACGGCAGCUUCUCCGUCAGGGAGCGUGUGCUGCCAGAAUUUGAAGUGAUCUUUGAGGCACCAAAUCAGAUUUAUGCACUAGAUACAACCUUCCUGCUCCGGGUAUGUGGCAGAUACACUCGUGGCAAAAGCAUCCAGGGGAUGGUUCAUGUGAGCCUUUGUCAGAAGAUAGCCCCAUUCCUGCCCAGUUCUUCCAAACCUGAUCUCUGUCACAAAUUCAGCAACCAGACAGAUGAGGCAGGUUGCUUCUCCACAAACGUGAGCCUGUCCUCCUUCAGCCGAGACUUUCGGUACUAUCGGGACAGCAUAGUUGUAGAGGCCUCGCUGGUGGAGGAUGCCACAGAGAUACAGGUCAAUGCUUCCCACAAAUUACUUAUCUCCAGGAUUGGCGGGAUGGCCUUGUUUGAUGAUGUCAAUUCUUACUACCAUCCUGGACAGAUGUACAGAGGGAAGAUUAAAGUAAUUGAUUACCAAGGCAAGGCACUGAAGAACAAAGAAGUCCUCCUCGUAGUAAACUGUGCUGAGCAGCAAUUUAGGCAGAAGUACAUAACUGGGGACUCUGGAACAGCUUCAUUCAGCCUGGACACCUCUGCCUGGAACAGCACCUUGGCCUCCCUGGAGGCAAGUGUCCUGCACCAAGAUUCGGACAGAGAGCCUGGGACAGCUGACGUGAGUUUCCAGCGAGCCUCCUACUUCAUACAACCAUUCUACAGCACCAGCAGGAGCUUCCUCUCUAUCGUCCGUGUGCCAGAGACAAUGCCCUGUGGCAAAACUCAGUCUGUCCAGGUGGACUUCAGAAUUCAUGAGGAAGACCUGGAACAUGGGCCCAAACGCGUCAUUUUCUCCUACUUUGUCACAGGGAAAAGAGGGAUAGUCCAUGCAGGUCAGCAGACUGUCUGGGUUGGGCUGCCAAGAAUGCUGGAAGGCUCCUUCUCCAUCCCUCUUACGUUCAGCUUGACCUAUGCCCCAGCUCCAAGACUUGUUGUUUAUGUCAUCUUCCCUAAUGGAAAAAUCAUUGCCGAUUCUACCAUCUUCAGUGUCUCCACGUGUUUCAGAAACAAGGUGGAGCUGGGCUUCUCAAUGCCAGAGACUCUUCCUGGCUCACAGGUUAGCCUCCGCCUGCAGGCAGCUCCUGGCUCCACGUGUGCUGUCUGGGCUGUGGAUCCAAGUGCCUUUUGGAUGAAGCCAGGAAGAGAACUGAGCAGCCACUCGAUCUAUGGGCUGUUCCCAUCUGUUUAUAACUCCAGGUAUCCUCGCCAAGUGUCUGAAGACGAUCGUUCAUGCGGGUUCCCAAAUUCUAAUGAGCCCGAUGUGUUUACAGCAUUCAGGGAAAUGGGAUUGAAAAUUAUGUCCAACACCAAUAUCAAGAAACCCAGAGUAUGUCCAACCACUCCAUUGACAACUAUGCUGCGGGGAACAGGAAUGUCCAUUUCCAGGCCCAUGCUGACGUUUGCCCAGCCCCAUAAAGUGUAUAAUAAGCAUCUGAUACCAACGUAUCAGCCCACUAUGUUUCCACCUUUUUCCUCAGCUGAAGAGAAAAGACACAAGCAUGUUCACGAAACUUGGCUGUGGGAUUUAUAUUCCGUGGGUCCCAGUGGGAACAAGAGUAUCACUGUCACCGUGCCUGAUGCCAUCACAGAAUGGAAAGCAGGAAUGUUCUGCACAGGACGUAAUGGCUUUGGGUUUGCUCCAGCCUCCCGGCUGAUUGUUUCCAAGCCCUUUCUUGUGGAGCUGCCACUGCCAUCCUCUGCGGUCCAGGGUGAGACCUUCAACUUGAAGGCCACAGUCUUCAACAAUGUGCAGCAAUGCAUGAGGAUCCAAGUGACCGUGGAGGAGUUUGCACACUUCCAGCUGAAGCCAUGCAAAGGCUGUGUCUACAGCAGCUGCUUAUGUGCUGGGGAAGCCAAGACCUUUCAGUGGAGUGUCACAGCUGAGCAGCUGGGGCUCAUGAACAUCACCCUCAGCACUGAGGCUGUGGCCACCAAGGAGCUCUGUGGCGAGGCAACACCAUUUGUCCCAAAACAAGGACAGAAAGACAUCAUCACCAGACUCAUUCAAGUCCGGCCAGAGGGAGUGUUGGUAGAAAAGACUCACAGCUCCAUCCUGUGUCCUGAAAAAGGGAAUCCAGCAGAGGAGUCUGUGUCCCUGGUGCUCCCUCUAAAUGUGGUGGAAGGUUCAGUCAGAGCCACCGUCUCAGUCACCGGGGACCUCAUGGGGGUGGCAUUGCAGAACCUGGACCACCUGGUGCAGCUGCCUCACGGCUGUGGGGAGCAGAACAUGGUGCUGUUUGCCCCCAUUGUCUAUGUGCUGCAGUACCUGGAGAAGACGAGGCAGCUGAGCCCUGAGAUCAAGGACAGGGCAGCAGGAUUCCUGCGCAAUGGUGAGCACAACAGACCCCACCUUGCCCCUCUGCCUUCCCCUGUGUCCAACAUCCCAGGCUCCUACUCCCACCUGGAGCACUCCACCAACCCAUGCCUUCACAGCAGUCUUAUUGCAAAUACCUCUGUGAGCACUCAUGUCCUGUCCUGCUUCUCAGGGUACCAGAUACAGCUGCAGUAUCAGCACCCUGAUGGCUCCUACAGUGAAUUUGGUAUCAAGGAUGAGUAUGGUAAUACUUGGCUGACUGCAUUUGUGGUGAAAUGCUUUGUCCAAGCCAAGCCGUACAUUUACCUGGACAACCAGAUUAUCCAAGCUGCUCUCACCUGGCUGGAAUUCCACCAGCUUCCCAGUGGUUGCUUCAAAAAUGUGGGACAACUUUUCCACACUUUCAUGAAGGGAGGCGUAGAUGGGGAAGUCCUCUUGGCUGCCUACAUCACUGCUGCGUACUUGGAGGCAGGAGCAACACCACAGAGCACGGUGGUGCGCAGGGCUCUGGGCUGCAUCGCUCCUGCACUCCCCAGGGCUGCCAGCACCUACACACAGGCCCUGCUGGCAUACACCUUCGCCCUGGCUCAGGACUCCCAGCGCACCCAAGAGCUCCUCGAUGUGCUUGACCGGAAGGCGAUCAGAGCAGAUGGGCAGAUCCACUGGAGUCAGGCCUCAUCCAAGUCCAGAACCAGUACCAGCCCUUGGUCACAGCCAGUGUCUGUGGAUGUGGAGCUGACAGCCUAUAUCCUGCUGGCCCUUCUCUCCAAGCCAAAUGUCACAGAGUCUGACCUCACCACCGCCUCUGGCAUCAUGGCCUGGCUCACCAGGCAGCAGAAUCCCUAUGGAGGCUUUGCCUCAACACAGGACACAGUAGUGGCCUUGCAGGCAUUGGCUAAGUAUGCAGCACUGACACACAGCACACAGGGGGAUGCAGAAGUGAGGGUGAGGUCCCAUGGAGGCUUUGGGAAGAAGUUCCAGGUCUCCUACCAGAACCGGCUGCUGGUGCAGGAGGUGGCACUGACAGAGGUCCCGGGCGAGUUCUUGGUGCAGGCCCAUGGCAGCUGUUGUGUCUUUACUCGGAUGGUGCUGAGGUACAACACACCCUCCCCACAAGACUCAACAUCCUUUGCCUUGCAAGUGAAAACUGAGCCGGUCAAUUGCACCAAGAACAACACACGCUCUGUUACUGUCCAUGUCCAUGUCAGGUACAAUGGAAAGAAAUCCACUUCCAACAUGGUGAUUCUGGAGGUGACCUUACUGACUGGAUUUGCCUUGGCUCCAGGAUCUCUGCAGCAUGGGCACUCUGUGAGAAGAACUGAGAAAACACAACGAGGUGUUGCCAUCUACUUGGACAAGCUGAGCCAUAUCUCUGACACAUAUGUCCUGCAUCUGGAGCAGGAGAUUGAGGUGACCAACCUGAAGCCAGGCCAUGUCAGGGUUUAUGACUACUACAGCCCAGAGGAGCAGGCCCUGGCUGACUAUAAUAUCUUCUGCAUCUAAGGGACUUGGAUUGCUUCCUUACUGUCCACUGCUUCAGCUCACAGGAUCCCACUAGUACAAGAUGCCUUAGGACAAUGGGGCUGCUGCAUUAUUGCUCCUGGUAUAAUGAGACCUGUGUCACCUGGAAAGUCACAUCUCAGGCUUGGGAUUUUGGUGCUGGGACACAUCUCAGGUUGGAUUUUAGACUAACUCCAGCCUAACCUAUGCUGCUCAUUCUGACAGCCAUUACCUGGUGAAUUUUUUUGGGUGUCUGAUUAAUUCUGAUUGUUUCAAUCCAGGCAUUUUUCUUGCUUGUAAAAAGAAUGAAAAUAAAAUAAAAAUCACA